AUGAUACUAUUAUCCACAUUUCCUCGAACUGUAACAAAUUCAGCAAAAUUUUAUGAUGUAUGGAUAAAAUGUAGUAAAGUAAACAAACAACAACAAUUUGAUGACAUAAUUGUUUUUACAAAAAAUGACUUUCGAUCAUCUUUACAUUUUGAUAACAAAUCAAGUGUCAAUGCGAACAACGAAUCUUCAACGUUUAUAACAACAAAGAAAUUAUCAUCAUCUACUGCAACUACUACUGGUUCUUCAACCAUACUUACACCAACAUCAACUCCAACUCAUGUCAUUAUUAAGAAGAGACAAGGUGCUUUUGAUGAUAUAUCGUUCCGUGAAAAAAGAAGACGUUUAUCCGAUUUAAAUAGUGAAUUAGAUAAUUUUGCUAUUACUAACAAUAUUACUGUUAAUCAAGUGCCAGGAUAUUUUUUAUAUCAACGUAACUAUAACAAUAAUAAAUAUCUAGCUAAAUUAGGUCAAGAACUGUAUGAAGGCAAAGACAUAGAUAGACCAGACCUAUCUAAACUUGAUACUGAUCAAACAUUAGCCUUGAAGUCUCACCUAAACUUAAGUCGAGUUGAUAUGAAUUUUUUCAAAUGUUUUUCCAGUGAUUUUAUUAUUAUUCCUAAUGAAAACUUAAUACAAGAUCAUUCCAAUACUUUGAUUCCAACCAUUACAAGCUGUCGGGAAGAAGAAGGAAUUAUGGUUAGUAAGCGUCAACAAGCAUUACAAUUAACAAUCCAACGAAUAAUCGAUGUUUUACAAUUGGAAAUGAUUCAGGUGCCAAAUGAAUUAUGCUAUCGUGAAAAGACUGGCCAUGACGGUGCAGGACUGGAUCAAUGUAAUUCAGGCUCACGAAUAGCUGGAGGUACCAGUACUACUGGUGCACAGGGUAGAAAAUUUUUCUCAUACGAAAUUCGUCAUCUAUUAUUGACAUGUGUUCCUUUACAACAUCAAGAAACACUUAAGCAACUGAUUCAACGUUAUUCCAUUGUACUUAGAGCUGUCUCAUCAACACGAUCAAUAAAUGUAUCAAAAUUUAAAGAAUUAACAUUAGGAUUUCAAAUAAUAAUAGCUAAUCAAAAAUGGAUUGACUAUUCUAUGACUGUUCAUAAUCUUAUCUUUCAUUCAACUGAAUUGAUAGAACGGAAUAACGGUGUUGCUUUAGGCGAACUUUCAGAUGAAGCUCUCGAAAGUUGUAACAAAGAUGUGAGAAAUUAUCGUGAAUUUUUAUCAAGAAAAUGUGGACAUAUAAUGAAUUUAACCGAUGUUUUCAAUCGUCUAUUUAUUCGUUCGGAUCCAUUAAUACGUAAAGUCAUCAAAGAUUCGUUUUCAAAGCGUCAAACACGUGUAUCAGAAAUACUAAUAAAACCAGAAAAUGAAGAUGAUAAAUUAUUGAACGAUGUAUUUUUAUGUAAAUAG